AUGGAGGAUCUGAAGGAGGUGCAGGAGCGUGAGAUAGAGGUCUUGCAAGCGAUCUACCAGGAGGACUUUGCGCAGGCAGAGAGCCGCACGGCGUGGAAGGCUGUCAAUGCGGCGCACGAGUUUAGGGUGUGCGUUCGGCCGGUCGAGGAGGAUCUGAAGGACAAGGUCUACGUGUGGAUCCGCUUCAAGCUGCCGCAACGUUAUCCGAAGGUCGCUCCCACGAUGACCCUGGAAGAUGCGAAAGGUCUCGCCUCGCAACAUCUCGCGCAUCUUCUCACGACCCUGCAGCGCUUCGCGUCCUCGCGACUAGGCGACGAGAUGAUCUACGACAUCUGCUCGCAAGCCGCCUCGUACAUCACCGAGCGUCACGUCGACUCGGUGCGAGGGGCGCAGCCAAGCUUGGAGGACCAGCGACGGAAGCGCGGGGAAGAACAGGCCAAGGCAACGCAAGAAGCCGAAACUCGAGCGCGAGCACUCAGGGAGCAACAAGAAGCUGAAGAAGCUGCUCGCUUGUCGCAGCUCAUCUCCGAAGAUGUGCGACGGAAGGAGGAGGUCAGGCUUGAACGGGAACGGCGGGAACGGGAGCUCGAUCGUGAGCGGGAGAGUGGGUCGCUCGAGGUGGAUGCUCGUGGUGAGAAGAGGAUGAAGAUGGAGGUCGCGAAGGGAGAUGCGAAGGUCGACGCUGUUGUCAAGUUCGGCUACCCGCACUCGACCGACUGGCUAGGCGGGCUCUUCUCUGCCGAGCUCGAGACGUCAGGCAAGGCUGAGGCGGUCAGCGUAUUUGCUUUCGACAUCCUCGCGCCUUACUACCUCUCUUCCCAAGGCAAGCGCAAGGUCGCCAAACUUGAAGCAGACCUUGACCGUAUCUUCCACCUAAGCCAUCCUCGGCUGCUCUCCGUCGUCGGCUACCGUAUCGUCCGCUAUUCUCCGGGCUUCUUCCCUCUCAAUCCAGCACUUCUUCCGUCGAUACGGUCAGGCGAGGGAUGGACGCUCCUUGUUGUCACCCCGCCGAAUCGCUCGCAGUCGCUCGACGAACUGCUGUCGACCGUCGGCGAACUCCGACCCGAUCGCGCCCUCGCCUACUUCGCGCAACUCGUCUCGGCUGUCGAGGCUCUCCACUCGCACCACGUCGUCCACCGUGCGAUCAGACCGAAGACGAUCUUCGUCACGAGCGAGAAGAGCCGGUCGGACUCGUCGGAAGCGGCCGGCGUCAGGCUGGUAGGCGCAGGCUGGUACCGUCGACUCCUUGACCUCAACAGGGCCGAGCCGUGGCUUCAGCAGCCCGCGGAAGAAGAGCUGCCCGAUGGAUGGGUCUGCCCCGAAGCGGUCUCCGCGCCGUUCACCUACGACCGAUCUCGCGACAUGUACGAGCUCGGCGUUGUCCUCGCCCAGAUGCUGUACGGUCUCGACGUCACGCGCAAGUUCCCUACUCCUGCCGACCUUGUCCGAAGCAUGCCCCGCACUUCGCCGUCCAUCGUCAAGCGCGUCCUCAGCGACCUUCUGCUCGCCGAGGGCAAGAAGCGUCCCACAGCAGCACGCCUGGCUGCGCAACUCGCCGAGGACAGCGGAACCAGUACAUCCCACGGCACGCUCGCUCUAUCGGCGACGCCGCCCAAACCCCUCAACGGUUGGCAGCAGCUUGGGAACGGACAGCAAGUCCUCACGCCGCUUAUGUCGCCGCCAGCGGCGCAUUCUUCUCGAGACACGGCAGCUCCAAGCGGGUUCUUCUGGCAGCCGCGCGCGGCGCAAUCGCGAUAUCGCGAAGAGUUCGAGGAGCUCGAGUUCCUGGGAAGAGGCGGCGGCGGGCAGGUCGUCAAGGCGAGGAACAGGCUCGACGGCCAUUUAUACGCCGUCAAGAAGAUCCGACUGCCGAACGAUCGUGCGAGCGAGGCCAAGAUCCUGCGCGAGGUGACCAUCUGGUCUCGCAUGAAUCACCCCAACAUCGUUCGCUACCAUACCAGCUGGACGUCGUUUGACGAUCCGGUCCCGUCAUUCGAUGCGCUUGGCUCGGGCACUACGCUCGACUCCAAUACCGGCACCCAGACCUUAUCGACAACCGAUGCGAGCACUCGGCGUAGCACAGAAGACGAAGCAUCCGGUUCGGACGACUCGGACAGCGUCGUCGACUUCGACGAGGACUCGACGCCUGGCGACUUCGACAUGGACUUCGGCGACGAGCUCGAGGACAACCUGGAUUUUCUGUCGGUCGGCCAUGCGCAGUCUCAGAGCGUCUCCUACCCGAGCAUCCACUUCGGUAACGAGGACGACCCUUCUCGACCCGGCUCCGAGCGCGGCAGUCCCGGCCUGUCGCGAGCUGGCUUCUCAAAACCGCCGACAAAAGCCUCGACGCCGGUGUCGACAACGCCCAAGCAGAGUCGGACGCUAUACAUCCAGAUGGAGUACGUCGAGAAGCUUACGCUUCGCGAGGCGAUUGAGGACGGCAUCUCGGAGGCAGAUUCGUGGCGAUGGAUCUACCAAAUUCUAUCCGCCAUGCUCCAUUUCACCUCGCUCAACAUCAUCCACCGCGACCUCAAGCCGUCCAACAUUUUCAUCGACGUGAAAGGAGACGUUCGAAUCGGUGACUUCGGUCUCGCGGUCGGUUCUUCCGAGACGGCCGACGUCUUUCUCGCUCAAGACGGCAACAUGGACGAGUCCGACUUGACGUCCGGCGUCGGAACCUCCCUCUACAUCGCGCCAGAAACAAUCAACCGCGGUCGGCAAGGUCGCGCGACGAAGCACUACAACAACAAGGUCGACAUGUACAGCCUCGGCAUCGUCUUCUUCGAGAUGUGGCAUCCCUUCAAGACCGGCAUGGAGCGCAUCCAAGUCCUGCACGACCUCCGCCGACCCGAAAUUAUCUUCCCGCCGACGUGGGACAAGGUCAGGCUCGCUCGGCACACCAAGAUCGUGCAAGCCUGCCUAACUCACGAUCCCGAGCUCCGCCCGUCGCCGAAGGACUUGCUCCAGUCGGACCUGCUGCCGCCACGCGUUGGCGACGACUCUAUCGAGGAGACGAUCCGCCUCUUGUCGCAGCCGGGCACGACGCACGCCCAAACGCUCAUCACGGCCCUCUUCAACCAGUCGGACGAAGACCGCCUGCGAAAAGACUUCUCCUACGACUUCUACGACGGAUCCGGUGCCAAGGCGGACAACGACCCGUACGCGCAACUCGUGCACGACAAGCUCAGCCGCAUCUUCCGCCAGAAGGGCGCCGUGCAGAUGGACAGCCCGCUCCUCAUGCCUCACUCGCAGGUCUACGCCUCCCGCAAACCCGUCCGCCUCCUCGACGCCGACGGCACGAUCGUCUGCCUGCCCUUCCAGCUCAACAUUCCCUUCUGCCGGAUGGUGGCACGCGAUACUUCGCUCACCCGCAUGAAGCGCUGGACGAUCGCUCCCAUCUUCCGACCGACGCAAGCCGGCGGGCAACCGCGAGCUGUACUCAACGCCGCCUUCGACAUCGUCUCGGACGCCGUCAUGCCCGCCAUGGAGGCCGAGUGUCUGUUCGUCAUCGAGGAGAUCCUCUCCGCUUUCCCUCUAACCGGCAUACCCGCGCACAUCAUCAACCACUCGAAGAUCCUCGACGCCCUGCUCGACAUUGUCCCGGCGAAGCAGCAUGACGCCGUUUGCGACAUCCUCAUCCAGCACGGCCGGCUGCAGCGUACCUGGGUCAAGACGUCGUCGGAGCUUCUCAAGCUCCCCGGCGUAACACGAGCUAUGUGCGAGGCGCUCGGGACGGUUGACGUCGCCGGCGAUGUGGGCAAGAUGCGUUCGCUCGUCAUCUCGGCCGCUCCUCGCCUCAAGCAUGUCGCGCAGGAAGGUUUCGAGGAGCUCAAGGACAUCGUCGCUCUGUGCCGCCAGAUCGGGAUCAAGAAUAUCAAGGUCGCCCCGCUCCUUGCGGCGAACUACGACGUGCACCGCGACGGCACCAUCUUCGAAUCGCACGUCCUGCGCGGCAAGACGAGAGACGUCAUUGCAGCCGGCGGACGCUUCGACGAGGUCGUCACUCGCCUCGCCGCUCCGGAAGUCCGCUUCUCGGGUCGCUGCCCGCACGUCGUGGGCUUCUCGAUGGCCAUCGCCAAGCUCUCGGUCGCUGCCGCAGAAGCGAACGCAACAGUCGGCAAGCAGGCGAUGACGCGCAAGGAGGAGCACCUGCGAAGCUACGGGCCGUGGGCAAUCCGCCGCUGCGACGUCUACGUCGUCUCCUUCUCGCCUGGCCUCAUCGACUUGCGACUUGAGAUCGUCAAGGACCUCUGGCGCAACGGUAUCAAGGCGGAUUUGAUGUACGACGACGACUUCCUGUCACUCACGCCUGAACAGCUGGUCAACGCUUGUCGUCGCGAGGGUAUCCUCUGGCUCGUCAUUGUCAAGCCGAGCGCCGCUGGACGGACGGUAUCGGACGAGUCGGAAAAGUCGCUCAAGGUCAAAAGCGUCCUGCGAGGCUCCGAAGAAGAAGUCGGUCGCGCCGAACUUUCGAACUGGCUCGUGAAGGAGCUGCGCGAGCAAUCUACCGCCGACGAAGCUGCUGGAGGCGGAGCUACCGAUGCCGCUGUCGAGACCUCCGGGUCUUCGCUGGCCGAGCCGCCAAAGCCGCAGCAAGACUACAUUCCAGUCCUACCCGACGACGACCUGCGACAAAAAGGCCGGCACAACAAGCGAACCAUGAUCGUCUCCCGCGCUCAGAAGAACGUCGAGGAGGCGGUUGAGGCCGCUGCCCACGCUCCUGUCUUUGCGGUCGACGUCGACGGCCUCUCGUUCGAGCGGAUGGCGCACUCGCCAGUCUGGGUCACCAACGACGAAGCCUUCAAGACCCUCGUUCAGACAGCACCGCCCGGCAAGCGCGACUACUACACCUCGAUCCGCAAGUCGAUACAGCGGACUCGCCAGGCUAAAUCCAUCUCGCGCUUCUGGCUCUUCUCGCUGCGGGACAGCCGCAGCGUCCUCAUGUCUUUCUUCGACGGCGUUUAG